AUGUCCGCCUUUGCAAGAUUCCUUAAUUCAGAAACCGGUCCAAGAACCGUUCACUUUUGGGCUCCAGUCUUGAAAUGGUCAUUGGUCAUCGCCGGUAUUAGUGAUAUUUCCCGUCCUGCGGAAAGUUUAUCAGGUACCCAACAAAUAGCCUUGUUUGCCACUGGUUGUAUAUGGACAAGAUGGUCUUUGAUCAUCAAGCCAAAGAACAUGCUUUUGGCCUCCGUUAACUUCUUCUUGGGUGGGGUUGCCGGGUACCAAUUAACCCGUGUGGUCAACUACAGAUUGGCAGAAGGUGAUUCCAUGCCACAAGUUAUUGAUUAUAUCUUCAAUGGUGCUAAGAAGCCAGAAGCAACAACCCCAGCUAAGGUAACUGAUCUUGUUAAAGAUGAAAAAAUCGUGGAAAACUUGAAGAAAUAA